AUGCCAAAUAACAAUAAUAAUAAUAAUACCAACACCCUCCGCAUCCUCUGCUUCGGCAACUCUCUCACAGCAGGAUACUGGCACUACGGCCUCGAAUACCACCCCUACGCAAUCAAACUGAAAGAGCGACUCCAACAAAGCAUUACAGAAGAAGAGUUGCUUCCGCCAAACACGGACAUCGUCAUCGAUGUCGAGGGUCUUCCGGGUGACUUGGCCGUUUCGCCUCCGGGGAGGUUUUUGGGGAGGAUGGAGGGGAGGUGUAUAUCUCCCUAUCCUACAAUAAAUAUAUUAUGGAUAGGGUGUUUAUGCAGCAAGACGGCUUAUGACUGGGUUAUUGUUCUUGGGGGGACGAACGACCUCGCCUACGGCACCUUCUCCCCCAGCCAAAUCUUCGCCGCCCUGCAACAAGCCUGGUCCACUGCCCUCACCUCCUCGACAAGCAACAACAGAACAAACGUCCUCGCACUAACAAUCCCCGAAUGCUCCGCCAUCAGCGACCGGCUCACCCGUCGCCGGGACGAAUUGAAUGCGAAGAUUUUGGCUCAUAGGGCGGAGAGAUUCUACACAUUCGAUCUCCACUCCGCAUUGCCGUAUCAUUCCCUCUCUGAGAACGAGAGGGAGAGGAUCUGGGAUGAUGGAUUGCAUUUGACGGAUGAAGGGUAUGAUCUUAUGGGGGAGUUGGUUGCGGGGAGGUUGGUUGAGUUGUUGAAGAAGAAUAAGAAGACGACGGAGUCGGAGGAUGGAAGAAAAGGAAAGAAGAUUGGUGACGUUGGUCGUGAUGAAUUGAAUAAGAUGGCAGUAACGUGCAGAUGA